UCCCAUGAAGCUGUUUUAUGUUUCGAUUUGUACACAAGAGGGAACAAAGAACCUGUCCACAUGGUUUUAAUACAUGCCUUGCCGGCACGUCCUCAUUGGCUGGUACGUUUAUCCGCUCGACCAAUCGCGUCACAUUACACUGAAGAGCGCCAACGUCGUCUUCUCCGAUUGGUCCAAAGCGUUUGGCGCCUCUUGAAUCUGCCUCAGCCGUAGUGGGCGGCGAAUGCGAGACGGUGAGCAGUUUGAACCGUGGCUGUGCCGACGCGGAAACAUAUAAACCGGACAAUUUGUCGAAUGGAAUUUUAACUUUUGUAUUCCCCAUCCACAAACACGGUGUCGUUUAUGACAACGCCGGGUAAAAAGCUGUGGGUAACGGCAGCUUUUCGGUCUGUUAGCCGACUCUGGGGACGUAAAAAGCCGGUGUCGCGCAAAGUGAUCCGCUCCCUCCUCACCGAGCUAACUGCUAACUAGCUGCCGAGCUAACCCCAGAGCUAGCACCAGCCAGCUAAUCCCCCCCCCCCCAUCCGCACAACACAAAGGACGACUUUGCCCGGUGUUUGUCUUAUCAAGCCCCAAUAACUCAGUCGGAUGAGAACUGAGCCUCCUGUGAAGGUCGAUCAUGGUGCUGACAGGGAAGCGCUCGGAGAAAGGGCCGGCCUGCUGGAAGAGGAGGGUGAAGUCUGAGUACAUGAGGCUGCGGCAGCUCAAGCGCUUCCGACGGGCCGACGAGGUCAAGAGCAUGUUCAACACCAACCGUCAGAAGAUCGUGGACAGAACUGACAUUCUGAACCAGGAGUGGAAGACGAGGCGAAUCCAGCCGGUUCACGUCAUGACGUCUGUCGGCUCCUUGAGAGGCACGCGAGAGUGCACGGUGGACAGCGGGUUCUCCGAGUUCCCCCGGCAGGUCAUCCCCCUGAAGACUCUCAACGCCGUGGCCUCGGUGCCCGUCAUGUACUCCUGGUCGCCGCUGCAGCAGAACUUCAUGGUGGAGGAUGAGACUGUGCUUCAUAACAUCCCCUACAUGGGGGACGAGAUCCUGGACCAAGACGGCACUUUCAUAGAAGAGCUCAUCAAGAACUACGACGGCAAAGUCCACGGAGACAGAGAGUGCGGCUUUAUCAACGACGAGAUCUUCGUGGAGUUGGUGAGCUCCCUGUCGCAGUACAGCGACAAUGAGGACGAGGAGGAGGACGAAGAGCCGGACUUUAAGGUGGAGAAGAUGGAGGUGUGCGAUGGGACGGAGCUUUUGGAGGAGCCACGCAAGGACGGCCUCGUCAACAAUGAGAGCCGAACCAGCAGCGACGGCACCAAGAAGUUUCCCUCUGACAAGAUCUUUGAGGCCAUCUCCUCCAUGUUCCCUGACAAGGGCUCCACGGAGGAGCUCAAAGAGAAGUACAAGGAGCUGACGGAGCAGCAGCUGCCCGGCACGCUGCCCCCCGAGUGCACGCCCAACAUCGACGGGCCCAACGCCCGCUCGGUGCAGCGCGAGCAGAGCCUGCACUCGUUCCACACGCUGUUCUGCCGCCGCUGCUUCAAGUACGACUGCUUCCUGCACCCGUUCCACGCGACUCCAAACACCUACAAGCGCAAGAACUUGGAGAACCUGGUGGACAGCAAACCCUGCGGCAUGGACUGCUACAUGUACCUGGUACCGGAUGGGAUGGCGAGCGAGUACCCGGCGGGCGCCGUAGCUGCGGCUGAGCGAGCCAAGACGCCCUCCAAGCGCCCGGCGGGGCGUCGGCGCGGGCGACUGCCCAACAGCCGGCCCGGCACCCCCUCCGUUUCCUCAGAGACCAAAGACACGGACAGCGAGGGCAGCAAAGACGGCGAGGACGACGAUGACGAGGACAACAAAGAGGAGGAAGACAAAGACGACCAGCGGGACGAAGACAAGAAGGACGAUAACAACAGCAGCAGCAGCUCAGAGGGCAACUCGCGGUGUCAGACCCCGGUGAAGAUGAAGCUGGUCGGCGAGGCCGAGGCGGUGGAGUGGAGCGGCGCCGAGGCCUCGCUCUUCCGGGUUCUCAUCGGGACGUACUACGACAACUUCUGCGCCAUCGCGCGGCUCAUCGGCACCAAGACCUGCCGACAGGUCUACGAGUUCAGGGUCAAGGAGUCGAGCAUCAUCGCCCGGGCCCCCGCCGAAGACGAGGACACGCCCCCGAGGAAGAAGAAGAGGAAACACCGACUGUGGGCCACUCACUGCAGGAAGAUCCAGCUGAAGAAAGACGGCUCGUCCAAUCACGUGUACAAUUACCAGCCGUGUGACCACCCGCGGCAGCCCUGCGACUCCUCGUGUCCCUGCGUCACCGCACAGAACUUCUGUGAGAAGUUCUGCCAGUGCAGCUCAGAGUGUCAGAACCGGUUCCCGGGGUGUCGGUGCAAAGCCCAGUGCAACACCAAGCAGUGCCCUUGCUACCUGGCGGUGAGGGAGUGCGACCCGGACCUCUGCCUGACCUGCGGCGCCGGGGACAACUGGGACAGCAAGAACGUGUCCUGCAAGAACUGCUCCAUCCAGAGAGGCGCCAAGAAGCAUCUGCUGCUGGCGCCGUCGGACGUGGCCGGCUGGGGAAUCUUCAUCAAAGAGCCGGUGCAGAAGAACGAGUUCAUCUCUGAGUACUGUGGAGAGAUUAUCUCUCAGGACGAAGCCGACCGCCGAGGGAAAGUCUACGACAAAUAUAUGUGCAGCUUCCUCUUCAACCUCAACAACGACUUCGUGGUCGACGCCACGAGGAAAGGCAACAAGAUCCGCUUCGCCAACCACUCCGUGAACCCCAACUGCUACGCCAAAGUGAUGAUGGUGAACGGGGAUCACCGGAUAGGAAUCUUCGCCAAGAGAGCCAUCCAGACGGGGGAGGAGCUGUUCUUCGACUACAGGUACAGCCAGGCGGACGCUCUGAAGUACGUGGGCAUCGAGCGAGAGCUGGAGCUGGCGUGACCUGGACUUCUACCUCCGGACUCGACGACAAGAGCCAAUGUGCACGCACACACACACACACACACACCUUUACUUCAGGAAAUCCAGACGACUUGUCAAAAACGCUAGAAAGCUUCAAGAAACCUGGGAUUAUUUGAAGCAGAAUUUUGGUGCUGUCGUUUCUUCUGGUUUCUUUUACCAUCUUUUGGUCUAUUUUUAUAUCUUGUUUUUUUUCUUCUUCUUCUGUUCACAAAUGUGCGUCUUAUCUGCCCAAAACAAUUGUGAGCUUUGAUCUGGAUUUUCUGUUUUUACACUUUACACAGAAUAUUCUUGUGUUUUGCACUGUUGUUCGUACAAAGUAAUACAAAUAUAUAUAUAUUUUUUUUAGGGAAUAAUUAAAACCAUUGAUGUCUUUAGAUGAGACCUGAACCUAAUAAUCUGUUUAGUUUGUUUUUUAAAUUGGUCAAACCAACAAUUUGUUGAAGAAAACAGUCCAAAACUCAAAAAUAUUCACUUCACAAUUAUUACAAUGAGGAAAAACAGCAGCUUUUCUUUUUGUUAGUGUUGAUAAUCAAAUACUAACUUUUAUUUUGUUUCUCGUGAUGCCUUCAGGGCCUCCUCUAAAAAAUCCGACACUAUGUGACUGUACGUGCACCAGCAGUCUGUCGCCAGGUGUGUGGUUGCUUCAGGUGCUAAAUGUGAAAAAGAAAAAAAAAACAGGACUACUUUCAGGAAGCAGAACAACGAGCAGCUUCUUUUUCUUCUUUUUUUAAAAAACUCAACCAAAACUGCCUGGAUACAGAUUUAAUUUCCCUUACAUUUAACAAGCUGAAGGAUUAAAUAAAUCCCUUCUAGUUAUUUUCUCUUUCUGAAAUAGAUUUUUUUUUAAAGAUUUCAGCUCCGUCAGUAACGACACAUUUAUAAUUCAUCCAAGAACCAAAUCUAUUUAGGCCAAAAAAACCCUCAUUACUUCAUUACUUUUUUGUGAACAUGUCUUAUUUAAAACACCAACAACUCUCAUCCAGGUGCUUAACAAUAUUCUCCCUAUGAAUAUGUUCUUAAUGCUUAGUUUCCCCUCCUUGAAAAAGCCUUUUAUUUUAAUAUUAA